GGCGCUGGUGCUGCCACCACUGCCGCGCCGCCAUGCAGCCCGGCGAUGUCGCCGUGUUUGCCGAACGGGCCGGCGCCAACAAGUGCUGGCACCCGCAGUGUUUCGUCUGCGCCACCUGCCAGGAGUUGCUGGUGGACCUGAUCUACUUCUACAAGUCUGGCCAGGUGUUUUGCGGGCGCCAUUACGCCGAGCGGCAGCGACUGAGUCGGUGUCCCGCCUGCGACGAGCUGAUCUUCUCCCAGCAGUAUACGGAGGCGGGCGGCCAGCACUGGCAUACGCGGCACUUUUGCUGCGCGGCCUGCUGUCAGCCGCUGGCCGGCCAGCAGUACGUGCUCAGAGGGGAGCGGCCGCACUGCCUCGACUGCUACCGGCAGCACUACGGAAAGGUAUGUGUGACCUGUUCCCGAGGUAUCGCGCCCUCCGACCAGCGGAUCAGCCUGGGCGACGAGCUGUUUUGGCACGCCACCGCCGAGUGUUUCCACUGCUACACGUGCCGAGCCGGCCUGGUCAGUGCGCCCUUCAUCUGUGCUAGUAACAAGGUGUUCUGCAGCGACGCCUGCGCACGGUCGUUCUGAAACUGCCGGGCGCAGGCGGUGGAGCGCGGCGUUUGUCAUGCCAUGAUGUUGUAUGCCGAGUGUGUAGGUGUGUGUGAUCACAGCGUUGAAACCAAACAUGCUUCGCCCAAUGUGUUCGUCCUGCAUUGGUCCUUAU